CAGAAAGCCAGAGGAGGGAGGAGUUGAGAGAGACAGAGAGAGUAGGGCAGUGUCAGAAAGCCAGAGGAGGGAGGAGUUGAGAGAGACAGAGAGAGUAGGACAGUGUCAGAAAGCCAGAGGAGGGAGCGGAUACAGAGAAUGAGGGAGGGUUAGAGGAGGAGGAGGAGUUAGUGUGUGAACGAUGAAGGGAUAGCCUUGAUGAAAUCAACAGCUUGUUCACUGGUCGGACUUUCCCAAGACUGCAUGGUGGUCUGCACGUCUCACACACUCCCCGUCGGACACACACGCACGGCUGUAGCUGGGACUAACGACAAACACCACAGGUAGAUGAAGAAGCAGAGAAGAUGACGUUGUUUGGGCUGGACUGUGCCAAGAAGAAAGAGAGAGAGUUGGAGAGGAAACUGAGGGCAAACGACAGAGAGCAUAACCUCUCCUUCAGAUAUGCGACCAAUGCCAUUAAGACGUCCAAAUACAACGCGUUCACCUUCCUGCCCCUCAACCUCUUCGAACAGUUCCAGAGAAUAGCCAACGCUUACUUCCUCAUUCUGCUGCUACUCCAAGUGAUUCCUGCCAUCUCCUCUCUGUCCUGGUUCACGACCGUAGUCCCUCUGGUCCUGGUGCUGUCUGUGACCGCUGCUAAAGAUGCUACCGAUGACAUAAACCGCCACAGGAGUGACAACCAGGUGAACAACAGGAAGGUCACAGUGCUCAUGGAUGGAGAACUACGGAGUGAAAAAUGGAUGGCCGUUCAGGUGGGCGACAUCAUCAAACUGGAAAACAACCAGUUUGUUACGGCAGACCUGUUGCUGCUCUCUAGUAGUGAACCUCUCAACCUGGUCUACAUAGAGACUGCUGAACUGGAUGGAGAGACCAAUCUAAAAGUGAAGCAGGCUCUGACAGUAACAGGAGACAUGGGAGACAAGAUCCACAGCCUGGCUGCUUUCAAUGGGGAGGUGCGCUGUGAGCCCCCCAACAACCGGCUGGACCGUUUCACAGGAACAUUGACAAACGCUGGUCAGAAAUACUCUCUGGACAACAACAAGAUCCUGCUGAGGGGCUGCACCCUCAGGAACACAGAGUGGUGCUUUGGACUGGUGCUGUUCGGAGGUCCAGAGACUAAACUGAUGCAGAACUGUGGGAAGACCACAUUCAAGAGGACCAGCAUCGACCGCCUGAUGAACGUGCUCGUCCUUUGUAUCUUUGGCUUCCUGGCGUUCAUGUGCAUGAUCCUGGCCAUCGGCAACCGGAUCUGGGAGCAACGCUGGGGGUCAGAGUUCACGGCCUUCCUGCCCAGACAGGACGGAGUCGACACUCCCUUCUCCUCCUUCCUCACCUUCUGGUCCUACGUUAUCAUCCUCAACACCGUCGUACCCAUCUCCCUCUACGUCAGUGUGGAGGUCAUCCGUCUGGGCAACAGUUUCUACAUCGACUGGGACAGGAAGAUGUACCAUGCCCGUAGUGACACCCCGGCCAAGGCCCGGACCACCACGCUGAACGAGGAGCUGGGUCAGAUCAAAUACAUCUUCUCGGACAAGACCGGAACACUCACGCAGAACAUCAUGAUCUUCAACAAGUGUUCUAUCAACGGGAAGAGCUACGGAGAUGUAUUUGACUACACUGGCCAGAGAUUGGAGAUCAACGAGCACACAGAGACAGUGGACUGGUCCUUCAACCCUCUUGCUGACCAUCAAUUCUCUUUCCAUGACCACUCCCUGGUGGAGGCUGUAAAGCUGGAGAAUGUGGAGGUCCACUCCUUCUUCAGAACAUUGGCCCUCUGUCACACUGUUAUGGCUGAGGAGAAGACAGAGGGUGAGUUGCUGUACCAGGCCCAGUCACCUGACGAAGGUGCUUUGGUAACCGCAGCGCGCAACUUUGGCUUCGUGUUCCGCUCGCGCACGCCAGAGAGCGUCACUAUCGUAGAGAUGGGAAAAGAACGCAGCUACGAGCUGCUCGCCAUCCUCGACUUCAACAACGUCCGCAAGAGGAUGUCCGUCAUCGUGCGGAGUCCAGAGGGGAAGCUGUGUCUGUACUGUAAAGGAGCAGACACCAUGGUCUAUGAGAGGCUGGACCAGUCCUGUACCAAGCUGAUGGACGUCACCACUGAACACCUCAACGAGUAUGCUGGUGAGGGCCUGCGGACCCUGGCUUUGGCCUAUAAGGACUUGGAUGAGGAGUAUUUUAGCAGGUGGAAACUUCGCCACCAUGAGGCCAGCACAGCCCUGGAGGACCGAGAGGACAAGCUAGACCUGCUCUAUGAGGAGAUAGAGAAAGACCUGGUGUUGCUGGGGGCUACAGCCAUAGAGGAUAAGCUCCAGGAUGGUGUGCCACAGACCAUCGAGCAGCUCGCCAAAGCUGACAUCAAGAUAUGGGUGCUCACCGGCGACAAACAGGAGACGGCAGAGAACAUUGGCUACUCGUGCAACAUGCUGCGUGAGGAGAUGAACGACAUCUUCAUCGUGUCGGCCAACAACCCGGAUGAUGUCAGACAGGAACUGAGGAAUGUAUUGAGCACCAUGAAACCAGGUGCAGAGGAGGAGGCCAUCUUCAUGCCAGAGAGGACGCUGGGUAACAAGCCGAAGGUGGUCAGGGACGAGGAGGUGAACGGGGAGUACGGCCUGGUCAUCAACGGACACAGUCUGGCCUAUGCCCUGGAGCAUAGCAUGGAGCUGUUGUUCCUGCGUACAGCCUGUCUGUGUAAGACGGUGAUCUGCUGUAGAGUGACACCACUACAGAAAGCCCAGGUGGUUGAGCUGGUCAAGAAAUACAAACAGGCUGUCACUCUGGCCAUAGGAGACGGGGCCAAUGACGUCAGCAUGAUUAAAGCUGCUCAUAUAGGUGUAGGUAUAAGCGGUCAGGAAGGUAUGCAGGCGGUCCUGUCCUCAGACUACUCCUUCGCUCAGUUCCGCUUUCUCGAGCGCCUCCUCCUGGUCCACGGCCGCUGGUCCUACCUGAGGAUGUGUAAAUUCCUGCGCUACUUCUUCUACAAGAACUUCACCUUUACCUUCGUUCACUUCUGGUACGCCUUCUUCUGCGGCUUCUCAGCACAGACGGUCUAUGAUGAGUGGUUCAUCACUCUGUAUAACCUGGUCUACACGGCACUUCCUGUACUGGGCAUGAGUCUGUUUGACCAGGAUGUGAAUGACAUGUGGAGUUUCCAGCACCCCAAUCUGUACGUUCCAGGCCAGUUGAAUCAGUACUUCAGUAAGACAGCCUUCUUUAAGUGUGCCCUCCACAGUGUCUACAGCUCAGUAGUGCUGUUCUUCAUCCCCUACGCUGCCAUGUACGACACGGUCCGAGACGACGGGCGGGACAUUGCUGACUACCAGUCCUUCGCCCUGCUGGCCCAGACCUGUCUGGUCAUCACCGUCUGUAUACAGCUGUGUCUGGACAUGUCCUACUGGACAGCGGUCAACCAGUUCUUUGUGUGGGGUCUGGCCAUGUACUUUGUUGUCACCUUCAGCAUGUACAGUAAUGGCACGCAUAUCACCUUCCCUGCAUCCUUCCCCUUCAUCGGCACAGCCAGGAACUCUCUGAACCAGCCCAACGUGUGGCUGACCAUCCUGCUUACCUCCAUCCUCUGUGUACUUCCUGUGGUUGCCUACCGCUUCCUGUUGAUACAGCUCCGCCCCACCAUCAACGACAAGGUGAUGUUCAAGGUGAGACAGGCCAAGGCCACGCCCCCUCUCCCAGCACGACGAGCCAGGAUGCGGCGUACCAGCUCCCGCCGCUCCGGAUACGCCUUCUCGCACGCACAGGGCUACGGGGACCUGGUGACGUCCAACCAUUUCCUGCGCCGUCCAGCCAUCACGCGCUCCACCGCUUUCACCCCUCUGGGGCGCACCACAGGGUUCAGCCCCAUGGGCCGCUCGGCAGGAUACAGCCCCACAGGGAACGCUCUGAACUCCAGACCACAGGAGGUGGAGGUGACAUCACUACAGAUGUACCGGAUGGUGCGAGACUCCGCCUUCUGAAGAACUGCACAGUGCGAGAUCCCGCCUUCUGAAGAACUGCACAGUGCGAGACCCCGCCUUCUGAAGAACUGCACAUUGCGAGACCCCUCCUUCUGAGGGAAGAGAGGAAGAGGAUGUGGAGGAGUUGUUGUUUACAGAGGACCAAAUCAGUGGAUGUGAUAUGUAAAAAAUAUAUAUCCUAAACAUUGACACAUACUGUAACUGUACACACACAAAUCUCUAUGACGACUGACUUGUCGACGCGUUCCAAAGACAGCCCCUCGUAUCUGAUUGGUCACGCUCUCUUUUUCCCCCCCCCGCUUCAUUGCCUCUCCUGUUCCAAUCAAUGGCCUUGUGUUCCAUCAGGACUGUUGUCAUGGCGAAACAAACCUCUCCUGUUCCAAUCAAUGACCUUGUGUUCCAUCAGGACUGUUGUCAUGGAGAAACAAACCUCUCCUGUUCCAAUCAUUGGCCUUGUGUUCCAUCAGGACUGUUGUCAUGGGGAAACAUACCUCUCCUGUUCCAAUCAUUGGCCUUGUGUUCCAUCAGGACUGUUGUCAUGGGGAAACAAACCUCUACAGGUCAACUGUAUGCUAUAUUGUCUGUCAACUGAGGAUAAACUAUUACACUAUACUACAGUAUGACUGCUGUGACACCAUAGGAUCGUAUACUACACUGUGACUCUGUACUCAGUGCUGUGACACCAUAGGAUUGUAUGACUCUGUACUCAGUGCUGUGACACCAUAGGAACAU